CAAUGGUAAAUUUGAUUGUGAUAAUUCUUUUAGCCAAAAGCUCCAAAGACAUCCAAGGCAAAGAAGAUUUAAAAGAAAGUAGCAGAUAGAAAGAAGAAUCCACUCUUUGUUAAAGAAGCCAAAAACUUCAGAAUUGGAAAUGAUGUUCAACCAAAGAGAGAUUUAUCAAGAUAUGUCAGAUGGCCUCGUUAUAUUCUUUUACAUAGAUAAAAAAAGAUUUUAUUGCAAAGAAUCAAAGUACCAGCAGCCAUUCAUUAAUUCAGCAAAACACUCGACAAAAAUCAAAGUAAUGUGUCUAUUUUAAUAUAAGGUUCAAAGGUCUAUGCUCUUUUAAAGAAAUAUGCUCCAGAAACCAAAACUGAAAAGAAAUAAAGAUUAGUCAAAGCUGCUGAAUCUAAGGCAUAAAAUUAGAAGACAGAUAGCAAGAAAGUGACUGUCCUUAAAUUUGGUUUAAAUCAUGUUACUACUUUGGUUGAAACAAAGAAAGCCAAAUUAGUUUUGAUUGCUUAUGAUGUUGAUCCAAUUGAAUUAGUUGUUUGGCUUCCAUAAUUAUGUAGACGUUAAGAAGUCCCAUUUGCCUUUGUUAAAAGUACAUAAAAUAUACAAUUAUAAAAGAUAAGGCUAGAUUGGGAGCAUUGGUUCACUAAAAGACUGCAACUUGUGUAGCUUUGACUGAAGUAAGAAAAGAAGACUAAGCAGAAUUCGAUAACUUAGUAAUUAAUUAAUUAUAUUUUAGGCUCGUGAUUUAAGAUAACACUAUAAUGAAAAUCAUGAAUUAUUAAGAACUAUUGGAGGUGGUUAAGUAGGAAUUAAAUCUAGACAUCAAUAAGAAGCUUUAAAGAAAGCAUUGGAAUUAGAAGAACUUAAGAAGACAAGUUAAUGAUC